AUGUCGUCGGUAGGCGACACGGUCGCUCUAGUUGUUGUUGUUACUUCAAGCUUCUUGAGCCUCGUGGUGGUGAUUCAGGCUUUUACGGCAAUUGUACAUUCGAGAUCUGGUCAGGAGAAGGAAGACGGCAGAGGUGCUGUUGACGACGUACAAUCAUCGGGAUCCAGCGACCUACAGCCCAACGAUCCACAAUCCAGCUACCCACAGUCCAGCGACCCGCAACUCGGCGACUUCCUAUCAGCAAGAUCCAACAACCUGCAAACCGGCCACACGCAGCCAGUGAGAUUCAGCGACGGUGAUCUGCGGCUAGUGGAAUCCAGCGACCCGCGGCCGGCUUCUCAAGGCGUGGAACAUCGGGGAGUAACGUGCCGCGGUUGCGGGAAAUCAAUCUUCGGCUGUCAUGCGACGUUCAUCUCGGUGUCCGGUGUAAUGGCUGCGGUCAAGUGCCAGUCAUCGGCGUACGUCACAAAUGCCUCUCAUGUGACGACUUCAGCUUCUGCUCUACGUGUUUCAACAUGGUCGAGAAACGCUCCACGCAUCACGUCUCUCAUGAGUUCUUUCCUAUUCGAAGCCCAGGAGAAGAAGCGAAAUUCCUUGCCGCACAACGCAGGGCUCACACCCCUCCGGUUUCCUUGGGAGACCACGGCGUACUCCUUCCCCAACGAAAUCUGA